CCACACAAUUACACACCCUCACACACUCUGAUUCCUUCGCCUCUCGCGCGUCUCCUCCACUCCCCUCCCCAUCCCAGGGCCACCAUGCGCGCCAUCCCCGGCCACGGCCGCCGAUGGGCUUCGGACAACGUUCCCAGCUCCAGGCUCUCAAGCGCCGGCUCCUCCCCUGGGAUCUCCUCCCCCGCCGACGCAGAGGAGUUCGUCGAAGUCAUCCUCGACUUCCACCCAGACGACACCAUCGUACUCCGCAGCGUCGAGCCUGCGUCGGCGCAACCUGAGCUCCCGAUUUCCGGUUCCAGCACGCCGUCGAUGGGACGGAGCCCCUCCAAUCGAAUCCGCCAGUUCUCGCAGGAGCUUAAAGCGGAGGCACGGCGGUUAUCACACGACUUCAUGGCUGAGCUAAAGAAGCUAUCCCGAAGCCAAGGCCACGCCGGGACGUCUUCAUCCCCGGGUGUAGGGUUUGAUUCGGCGCUCGCCGCUCGCGCGAUGAGGCGGCAACGUGCCGAGCUCGACCGGUCCAGAUCUGGAGCCCAGAAAGCACUGCGCGGCCUUCGAUUCAUCAGUACUCGUACCAACAACGUUGAUGCCUGGAAUGAGGUUCUUGCGAGCUUCGCUAAGCUCUCCCGUGAUGGUCUCCUUUCCCGCUCCGAUUUCGCCCUUUGCAUCGGAAUGAAGGAUUCGAAGGAGUUCGCGCUGGAGUUGUUCGACGCGCUGAGCCGGAGGCGGCGUCUGAAGAUGGAGAAGAUCAGCAAGGAUGAGCUCUUCGAGUUCUGGUCGCAGAUCACUGAUCAGAGCUUUGAUUCCAGGCUUCAAAUUUUCUUCGAUAUGGUGGACAAGGACGCGGAUGGGAGGAUCACUGAAGCGGAAGUGAAAGAGAUAUUAAUGUUAAGUGCUUCGGCAAAUAAACUGUCGAGGUUGAAGGAGCAGGCAGAGGAAUACGCAGCUUUAAUAAUGGAGGAACUGGAUCCCGAGAGACUUGGUUACAUCGAGCUUUGGCAGCUAGAGACGUUGCUACUACAGAAGGACACGUACUUGAGCUACAGUCAAGCCUUGAGCUACACCAGUCAAGCACUGAGCCAGAACCUUGCAGCACUGCGCCGAAAGGGAACUAUACGGAAGCUUGGAACGAAGGUGGCGUACUUUUUAGAGGAGCACUGGAAACGUUUAUGGGUUCUGGUUCUAUGGGUGGGUAUCAUGGCGGCUUUGUUUUCUUGGAAGUUCAUUCAGUACCGCAAUCGCUACUCGUUCCAAGUGAUGGGUUACUGCCUCACUACUGCCAAAGGUGCCGCUGAGACGCUGAAGUUAAACAUGGCGCUCAUUCUCCUCCCCGUUUGCCGCAACACCAUCACUUGGCUGCGUGCCACUAGACUUUCCCGUGCUGUUCCCUUUGACGACAACAUCAACUUUCACAAGACCGUAGCUGCAGCAAUUGUUGUUGGAGUGAUCCUUCAUGUUGGCAACCAUUUGACUUGUGAUUUCGUACGCCUGACUAACGCCUCGGAUGCAAAGUAUGGACCACUGAAGGAUAGCUUCGGAGCUGAAAAACCAGACUAUGGGACAUUGCUCCGUGGCACUGAAGGUGUGACUGGGUUGCUCAUGUUGCUCUUCAUGAUUGUGUCAUUCACCCUUGCCACUCGCUGGUUCCGCAGAAGCUUAGUUAAGCUUCCAAAACCCUUUGACAGAGUCACAGGGUUCAAUGCCUUCUGGUAUUCACAUCAUCUGUUUGUUGUCGUCUACGUCUUGCUCAUUGUUCAUGGCCAAUUCGUGUACCUUGAUCACCGUUGGUAUCACAAAACGACAUGGAUGUAUCUCUCUGUUCCAGUGAUCCUAUAUGCAGGGGAGAGGACAUUGAGAGCCUUCAGGUCCGGUUUUUAUUCAGUCCGAAUCCUGAAGGUUGCUAUUUAUCCUGGCAAUGUUCUCACCCUUCAAAUGUCUAAGCCUCCAGGUUUUCGAUACAAGAGUGGGCAGUAUAUGUUUGUCCAAUGCCCUUCAGUUUCACCAUUUGAAUGGCAUCCAUUCUCUAUAACUUCAGCUCCAGGAGAUGAUUUCCUCAGUAUCCAUAUUAGACAAUUGGGGGAUUGGACCAGGGACCUUAAAAGAGUCUUUUCAGAGGCCUGUGAACCUCCAAUGCCUGGGAAGAGUGGCCUCCUCAGAGCAGACGAGAACACCAAAAAAAGCAUGCCUAAACUCUUAAUAGAUGGGCCUUACGGUGCUCCUGCUCAGGACUACACCAAGUAUGAUGUCCUGUUACUUGUUGGCCUUGGAAUUGGAGCAACACCUUUCAUCAGCAUAUUAAAGGAUCUGCUAAACAAUGUUGUCAAAAUGGAAGAGCAAGCAGAGGUAGUCUCAGACUACUUCCAACCUUCUGAUGCAAAAGUUGGGGACCUGGAAGUCCCCUCACCUGCGAGAUCAUCAUCAUCAUCUUCAAGAUCCAAAAAAGCUCUCAAGACUACCAAUGCAUACUUCUACUGGGUCACACGUGAACAGGGGUCUUUUGACUGGUUCAAAAGUGUCAUGAACGAGAUUGCUGACCUUGACCAGAGGGGAGUGAUAGAGAUGCACAACUAUCUCACAAGCGUAUAUGAAGAAGGAGAUGCUCGUUCAGCACUUAUCACCAUGGUCCAAGCUCUAAACCAUGCAAAAAACGGCGUUGACGUUGUCUCUGGAACAAGAGUCCGGACUCAUUUUGCAAGGCCUAAUUGGAAGAAAGUUUUUUCCAGAACAUGCACCAGACACCCUUAUGCAAGAAUUGGAGUGUUCUACUGUGGUGCACCAGUGUUGGCUCAAGAACUAAGUAACCUUUGCUACGAAUUCAAUCAGAAAGGUGGCACUAAAUUUGAAUUCCACAAGGAGCAUUUCUAAAGGCAAGCUUCUGUGUUUUUUUUGCAUCCACUACUAAUGCAUAUACCGGUGUAUAGAAAAGAAAAAAAAAAGAAAA